AAUAAAUCUAUAUAAAAUACUUAAAAAGCCAUAUUAAAAUACAUAUUAUGCCUAAUUAAUUGAAUUAUAACUCAAAAUCCGGGAGAAAAUAGCUCAUUUCGAAUAUUAUUAUUGAACGUCACUGCGAGGUUUAGUCAACAAGAUGGCGUCGAGUGGGGAGAGGGCGCCCAGUUGGCCAGGUGCUGCCGCCGCGUCGAGUUCGGCGCUAUAGCUAAACUAAAUACGCAGUGUUGUACAUUUAGAACGUUCACAAUGGCUACCGCGAAAGACACGUCUACUUUCUUUCUGGAGGCUGAUGCAAAAGAAUUUGAUAGUGUAUUGAAGUUAUAUCCACAAGCACUUAAACUUAAAGCUGAACAGAAAACAAAGAAGCCCGAGGAGCUUGUAAAAUUGGACAAUUGGUACCAGAAUGAACUACCAAAGAAGAUUAAGUCCCGCGGCAAAGAUGCCCACAUGAUACAUGAAGAGUUGGUGCAACUUAUGAAAUGGAAACAAGCUAGGGGGAAAUUUUAUCCACAGUUAUCAUAUCUUAUAAAAGUGAACACACCAAGAGCCGUAAUGCAAGAGACGAAAAAAGCGUUUCGCAAAUUGCCUAACAUUGAAUCGGCUAUGACAGCACUGAGCAACCUGAAGGGAGUCGGCACAGCGACAGCAUCAGCACUACUAGCAGCUGCCAGUCCUGACAUAGCACCGUUUAUGGCUGACGAGUGCUUGCAAGCCAUCCCGGAGAUGGAAGGGAGCGAUUACACUGCCAAGGAAUACCUCAAUUUUGUAAACCACAUUAAGAGUGUCUGUGAUAGGUUAAAUAAGGAACAAAAUGGCUGUGGCAAGAAAUGGUCCCCACACAUGGUGGAAUUGGCGUUAUGGACACAUAAUAUAGUAUCAGAUUUGCAGCCAGAACUACUUGGGAAACAGCCAAAUUUAACUGCACCCACAAACGGCGGCUCACCAUUACCCAGUGACGAGAGUAAUCUUGAACCACCAUCCACUAAUGGCAAUGGAAAAUUAGGUGCAGAUUCAGUAAAUGAGGAUACGACGACGUCGUGUACAGAGGACUCAAUGGACGCAAAAGCCGCGUCGCCCGCUACCCCUGCCUCACCCUCUGACAACUCGGACUCCGCUUUCAGUACGCCGCGCGCCAAACGACAAAUAGAGGAGGCGAGUUCAGCAGAGGAAAACUCACUGGGCGACUCAUCAGACGCGCCAGUGCCUGUCGCAAAGAAACUUCGAGAAGCUACCCACUGACAUUCGCGCACUCCCACCAAACAUCCCUCGUGCGCCUAUAAAUAGCUUUUUAGACUAAAAUAUUGUACCUAGGUAAUUUAUUUUGAAUUCCGUUUAAUUUUAACUUAGUGUUAAGUUUUAAGUACCGGACGAUUUUGUAAGUUUUAUAGGGUAUUAAUUAAUAUUUUGGAUGCGUUUGAUGGACUUACCGGGCGCGCUCCUCGAGAGUAUGAUUGUACAAUAUUUCAAUGUGAGUGUAUCGUCGGAGCGGAGUGGCCCGCGAGGGGGCCUAGUUAGGUUUCGUUUGUAAUAUUUUUAACGUUUGAACGUUCGCAUCCCGUGUGACAUUCCAAUAAUUUGUAACAAGUAAAGUUCGGCGGCGAGGGAGGCACGGAGUCGCCGCAGUGAGAUCCGGACCGGAUGCCUUGGCGAGGCCGCCUGUGCGGCGUCGCGUCACACUCACCCAUUGCCUUAUGACACAGUCUGCCCGCAGAGUUUAUAUGCAACAAGAUAAUACAAAGGUCGUGUUACCCGGGCGCCGGGCACACGGGCCCACAUGUAGUUUUAUUGAACAAAUAUAAGAUAUUAAUUUUAUAA